AGCAGUACAAGGAUACGGGAAAAGAGAUCGGGAGCGACACUUAAUAGUUUUUCGCAAACCUAUUCAAAGGAUUCCCUCAUCUCAAGGUUACAUUACCCCUUAGUAGUUUGUUUGGAUCUUCCUUGUUUUCGGGAACGAUGAUGUUUACCGCUUUCAACACGGAGUGCGAUUCUUCCUCCCGCUGCAGCACCGCUUCCCCGUCCGGGGACAACCUGGGAUACUAUCCGUCACCAGCGGGAUCUUACUCCAGCAUGGGAUCUCCCCAGUCUCAGGAUUUCACUGACCUGACAGCUUCAAGUGCCUCCUUCAUCCCCACUGUCACAGCCAUUUCCACAAGCCCGGAUCUGCAGUGGAUGGUCCAGCCUUUGAUCUCCUCAGUGGCCCCCUCUCAUAGAGCUCACCCCUACAGCUCCAGCCCCAGCCCUGCUUACUCCAGGCCAGCCAUGAGGUCUGCACCAUCCAAGGCUCACAACACUACCAAGAGGGGCAGAAUGGAACAGAUAACACCCGAGGAGGAUGAGAAGAAAAGAAUCCGCAGAGAGAGAAAUAAGCACGCAGCAGCAAAAUGCCGCAACAGGAGGCGAGAGCUUACAGACACUCUGCAAGCUGAAACCGAUCAGCUUGAGGAUGAGAAGUCCAGCCUGCAGAAUGAUAUUGCCAAUCUCAUGAAGGAGAAGGAAAGGCUUGAGUUCAUACUGGCCGCCCACCAACCCAUCUGCAAAAUCCCCUCAGAUCUAGACACAGACUUCUCCAUGGUCUCCAUCCCUCCUGCCCACCCCCACCUCUCCACCGCUGUGUCCUCCCAGCCACAGGUCACCAUCCCAAAGGCAUCCACUUUCACUUCCAGCCAGUCAACCUUCACCACAACCUCCAACUCUAUCUUCUCCAGCAGCAGCCCCAUCGCCCUUGCCACCACCUUCUCCAGCAGCACUGUCAAGAUGACAGACUUGGACGCCUCCGUCCUGGAGGAGUCUCUGGAUCUGCUGGCCAAGACGGAGAUGGAGACGGCGCGGUCAGUGCCCGAGGUUGACCUGUCCAACUCCCUCUACACAACUCAGGACUGGGAGGCCCUUCACACCUCAGCCAAUAACAAUGACUUUGAGCCCCUGUGCACGCCCGUGGUGACCUGCACACCGGCCUGCACCACCUUGACGUCUUCGUUUGUCUUCACCUUCCCCGAGGCAGAGACCUUCCCCACUUGUGGCGUCGCCCACAGGAGAGGAAGCAGCAGCAACGACCAGUCCUCUGAUUCCCUCAGCUCACCAACCCUGCUGGCCCUUUAAAGACUCUUCAAAAAACAAUAAUACUCCCUAUCAAGCAUUUAUUUCUUGAUGUAUGAGAUCACAGGGCUAUGGAAUGGACUUGUACCAGGAUGCUAAUUAUGUAUGAUUUUAUUUGCCUUUAUCUAUACUUGCCUAUUACACCAAUGUAGCAAGUUAAAAAGCAUGUUUUAACUAAUACCACCUAGUCGUUUGAGUUCAUAUAUGAUUUUUAUGGUGCUAGAUAACAAACCUUGUUGUAGUGUUGAUGUGUGUUCAGAGCAAUAGUUAUUAUUGAUCCAGUUUGUUUCCUGGUUGAUGGAAUGUGAGAGUAACUGUGAACUGUUUGUGAAAACUUAAAACUGACGUGCUUUGUUCUUAACCAUGGUUCUGAGUGGUCUAUCUUAGGAUGCAGUUUUCUGUGAAAACAUAGUAGUUUUAAUUUAUGAAAUUUCAAUUUAUUUUUUUACAGAGAGAUAGUAAAGAUGAAUGCUGUUUGUAUGACAUGUAAAUAAAAAUAUAGUGAUAUUUCAAUUCAA